AUGACAGAACUGGAAGUUUUCUGGCGCCCCCCGUUGACCUCCUCAUCCCAGUUCCGAAAAGAAGAUCGGCACUUGGCUUUUGGUUCGGUUUCCCUUGACAUGCCAAAUCCGUCUGCGCGCCCAAUCUCUCAGAUCGCGGGCUGGAUCCCCUGCGAGGCGGUUCAAGAGUCCGUUCCGGGAGCUGGAAAUUGCGGGCUCCGGCGCGAGACCGGGCCGCCCUCUUGCGAUGCCUCUUUCAAAGAUCUUCUGCCCGAGAGCCAGGGGCCGGCGGUUUUUGAGGCUGCAGGGGAGGAGACGCGAUGGACAGGGCUCUUGUCCGUCGAGGCGGGCUCGAAGCUUCGGCUGGCCGGACCCAGCAGCUUCCGGCUCACCUUUGGCAGAGCUCGCCAGGCGCUUCCAAGGGCAGUGCUGCGCAGCUCAGCAUGUCCUCCAGGUCAUGUUGACGGCGAUGUCAAGGACUGGUUUGAGGUGCACUGCCGUCCAGGGAAGGUCGCCGCCACAGCGACGGUGGAGGUCCUGAGCCCUCCGAGGGGUCAGGUCAACGGAGUUUGGCAGCCACUCCGCUGGAGCCACUUCCAGCCGCCGGAGCUUUGGCCACUGGUCCGCGUCAUGGGUGCUUGGGUGGACGGCGGGGCCGGCAGAUGCGAAGCGCCCGCACCCCUCCGCGUGGCUCCUGCGCAUGUUCGCAAGCCACAACUUGGAGCUACACCGAACCCACCACAUCUAGCCCUGCUAGUGGUGCUUGCAGCUCAGCCUGCAGAGAGUGGCGUGGGCUGCAUGACACCCAACUGGUCCCUGGUAGCCGCCUUGGAGGAGGCCCUGUAUCGCCGGCUCGGACCUCGUUACGAACUCCAUGUUGUGCAGAUAGAGGCGGAGGAGGACCUGGAAAGCAUUACCGCCGAGGAUGUCCUGCGCAGCCUUUCACGUGCUGAGGUCAAAGGGAUCGUUUAUUUCUUAAGCCCGCAGCAAGUGAAAGGCGCGUUUCGGACAAAGAGUUAUUUGAUCCAUGACGAGGCACUCUUUGCCUUGAUGGAAAGGCUUGAGAGGGCCGGCCUUCCAACCGUGUGGCCACACCCGCUGCACCUCUUCAAGACCCUUGCUGGCAAAGUGUGGCCUUCCCAAGUUUGCCUGUCGCCGCAGUAUCACGUGCCCCUCACUUCCUGCGUUCCUCGCGGUGCCGUGCUGGCAGACCCAGAGCUGGCUGCAGACGAGGCCCUGCAGGCCUUGAAGGUUUUGAGGGAGGCCUCUUCGCCUUGGCGCCCUCCAGAAAUCUCGGGGACCGUGGUCAAGGUUGGAUUCUCCUGGAAGUCCGAGGGAGUUAUGCUCUGCCGGAGCAGGGAAGACUUGAAGUGCGCCUUGCAAAGUGCAGCAGCUGCUGGCAGUCAUAGCUACUUCAUGGUGCAGGAGCGCAUUGAAGGAUUGUGCUGCGAGGCCAUGGUUUACACACUCGGCGGCCAGAUCGUGGGUCGGCCACAGUACUAUUCCUUCCCCUAUCACAAAGCCCCGCCGCAGUACAUGCUUCGAAAGAGAGCUGCUCAGUUGUUGGGUGGAGAUGCGGUCCAAAGAGACUGCGAGGAUAAGAUGAAACAGGUUACCCAGCGGUGGCUACUGUGGAUUCGGGCACAGUGCUCCAGCCCCGUGCCUUUCCUAAGAGUCGAUUUCUUGCUGGCGCUCGAUCCGGUCUCGCGGGAUGUACAGGUAUGGACAGGUGAGGUAAGUGAGCUGGGUGUUGCGGUGUCGUUUCAGGAAAUAGACGAUCACCAAAGCUGUGACAUGGUGAUGGAUGCGGUGCUGUGUUCAGUUCUCAGCCAAAGAAAUGCUGAGGCCGACGCUCAAACCGUGCAUCGUGCAGCGGAUGGAGAGCAACCAGAGAGUGCCAUUCAGACGUCUCUUCAAGGACAGAGGAUCCUUGAUGUGGAGGCGCAUGGAUGCCGGUACCGGCUGAAUCUGGAGGCCUUCGAGUGCACGAACCUUACAUUGGGACGAACAUCCUCUAUGCGCCCAUUGCAGGACGCCUUCACUUCUCCGUCUGCAGCGCGCGUCCCGCUCUUGGGAGCAGGCCUGCCCGGGGCCAUGGGCCACGAAGUCUCGCAGGCCUGCCUUCGCCGAGGUAUGACCUUGGCUCCCGUGGGCCUUACGGGUCCCGGCAUGCCAGACCAGUGCCAGGUCGUCGAAGGCGGCACCUACGCCGUCAAGCUGGUUGGCUCGGACCAACCCGCUGCGCAAAAGCAAGCUCUGGAGGAGCUGAAGGCGGCUCAUGGCGACAAGCUGGUGAUCAUUGAUUUCACCCACCCUAGCGCGGUCAAUGCGAAUGCCGAACUCUACGCCGCCGCUGGCGUCAAUUUUGUUUUCGGCACGACCGGUGGGGACCGUGACGCGUUGAUGAAGGUCACCGAGCAGAGCGGGGUCUACGCUGUCAUCGCGCCGAACAUGGGAAAGCAGAUUGUCGCUCUCCAGGCCACGAUGGAGAGGAUGGCGAAAGACUUUCCCGGCGCCUUUGCAGGCUACAAGCUGGAGGUCACCGAGUCCCAUCAGAAGACAAAGGCCGAUACCAGCGGAACAGCGAAAGCCAUGGUCUCUUCCUUUCAAGGGCUGGGCGUGGAUCCGUUCACCCACGAGCAGAUCACCCAGCUUCGGGACGAUGCCUCGCAGAGAGCAUUCGGAGUGCCAGAGGAGUUCUCCAAUGGCCACGCCUUUCACACGUAUACGCUCACAAGCAGCGAUGGAUCUGUCCAGUUUCAGUUUAAGCACAAUGUAUGCGGCCGCCGGACGUAUGGUGAAGGGGUUGCCGAUGCCGUCCAGUUCAUCGCAAGCCAAGCAGCCGGGAAAGCCCCGAAGAAGGUGUACAACAUGAUCGACAUCCUGGAGGCUGGGGAGAUGAAAUGA